AUGAAUUAGAUGAACAAUAAUUGGCAUUUUACUUCAAGAGAUAACCAUCAAACAAUUCCAACUACUCGUAAAGGAAUUUCAAGUUUUCUUUUAAAAACUUAUUCAAUGGUUAUGGUAUGUAAAACAACACACAUUCUUGUAAUCCAGACCUUUAAUUUGUGAA